CCAAGCUCACAUUCCCCCAAUUUAAACCGGGCAGACGGCCGCAUGGAUGCUUCACUGCAGAGCUAAGCAGAGAGCGAGUACGGUCGCCGGAAGUAGAGUGACGAUGGCUGGGAAAUCAGCCGCCACACCUUCAACAUACUCGCCGUCUCCGGCUCCCAAAACCAAGCGGCCCAUUUUCCAAGACGUCGAUUGGGUACGACCCGACGGCCGCGGCUUCCACCAGUGCAGACCCGCCUUUCUGAAGACUGGUGCUGUGAAUGCUGCAUCAGGAUCUGCUUAUGCAGAGUUUGGAAAUACCAAGGUCAUUGUGUCUGUGUUCGGGCCAAGAGAAAGUAAGAAAGCAAUGGCAUACAGUGGUACAGGGCGCCUGAAUUGUAAUGUCAGCUAUACUACUUUUGCCAUGCCAAUUCGUGGACAGGGAUCAGAUCACAAAGGGUAUUCCUCAAUGCUUCAUAAAGCUUUGGAGGGCGCCAUAAUAGUGGAGAGUUUCCCCAAGACAACGGUGGAUGUUUUUGCAUUGGUGCUGGAAUCUGGUGGCAGUGAUCUUCCUGUUGUGAUAUCAUGCGCUAGUCUUGCCUUGGCAGAUGCUGGGAUUAUGAUGUAUGACCUGGUUGCCUCAGUUUCUGUGUCUUGUCUUGGUAAGAACCUUGUCAUCGACCCUAUUUUGGAAGAGGAAAGCUAUCAAGAUGGGAGCCUACUGAUUACUUGUAUGCCUUCUCGUAAUGAGGUCACUCAACUGACUGUCAAUGGAGAGUGGUCAACCCCAAGGGUUCAUGAGGCAAUGCAGAUCUGUCUCGAAGCUUGCUCAAAGCUUGCCAAGAUCAUAAGGUCAUGUUUGAAAGAAACGGCUUCUGCUCCAAAGGAUUAGAAAGAAAGUAUAUAUUCCUUCUUCCUCUCUCUCCCCCAAUAAAUUAUUCAACUCUCGUUAAAACCUUUUUGUGGAGUUGGACUGAAUUUUGCUUUAUUCUCCCUUAAAUGUCAGUCUCUGCUCUGCUUUGAGUUGCCAGUUUAUUUGUUUCAUUUGAAUUGGGAGACUUCACAGCAAAAUAGAAAAGAACAUAAGGAUAGUCCACGUAUUAUUUCUUCUUGUGUUAUGGAGGUUACAGAAUGCAACACCACCUCAUCAAUGGUGCAAAUCUCACAUGUCAAUUACAAAGCUCUCUAUCUGGAGUUGCAGAUAGAUACAUUAUUUUGAAAACCAAUCCCAUACUUGUUGCUGGGCGCCAUGCACCCACUGACCGCUGCUGUCUCUAGUACCCUAAGGAGCUUUGAAUUGCCACAUCUCCCAGCCAGGCCUGGGUCUCUUAUUUUUAGUUUCAGUUUCCUUUUCUUUUUCCUGUUUGGGCUGAGUAAAUGGAAAUGUUGUUGAAUUGAUUUUCUUGGAUGAUAAAUUGCUUCAAGCUGUUGGAUCAUUUGGUAACUAGAGUCAA